AGGCAAACGCUUAGAGCCGCGCUGCAGAAUUGAUUAGCUGGGUUUUCUGAGGCAUGUGAGCCUACGAAACAGUCGGCUAGAGCUGUGGGUGGUUCCGAGUAGCUUUGGGAAGAGGCCGCAUUUUACACUUGAUCUUAGCCAAAAGGCCGAGAAGCGGUAAGAGGCCGCUUUUUAACAAACAGUAGGGCGAUAGCUGUGGUGAUGGAAGAGGCAUAGCUGUAUGGCAGCUAUUUUAAGGUAGAAGAGGCUUUAAUUCCAGCAGCCGGUAGGCGAGCCUCCAGUCAGCCGCUGUGCUGCUUUUACAGUUGCUGGAUCAUUCUGAAUCGCCAAUUAUGAUUACUCUAGCGGUUCAUCAUCUUAAAAUUUGGGCAUCCUGCACAGUGUAAGCUUGCGUCUCCAGAUUGGCCAAUCGCCUUGCAACUCCUAACCCACCCUCCGCCAUCUUAACAUUUGGCACUCCCCACAGUAAUAGAGUGCAGCAAAGCCUCUAGCGACCUUCUUGAUUGAGGGCAGAAUCUUGGGUGACGUUGCUGACGCUGCGCCCGGCGUUCUCUUAGACCCACGUGGAAUCCGCGCUCAGAAUGUUGCGUCGUGAGGCCCGCCUUCGCCGGGAGUACCUGUACCGCAAGGCCCGAGAGGAGUCGCAGCAAGCUGCCCAGGACCGGAAGGAGAAGGUUCGGCGCGCCCUGGAAGAGAACCGCCUGAUUCCCACCGAAUUACGCAGGGAGGCUCUGGCCUUACAGGGUUCCUUGGAGUUUGAUGACGCCGGCGGUGAAGGUGUGACCAACCAUGUGGAUGAUGAAUAUCGAUGGGCAGGGGUUGAAGAUCCUAAGGUCAUGAUCACUACCUCCCGAGACCCCAGUUCCCGCCUCAAGAUGUUUGCAAAGGAGCUGAAGUUGGUAUUCCCAGGCGCCCAACGCAUGAACCGUGGCCGGCAUGAGGUAGGGGCACUGGUGCGAGCCUGCAAAGCCAAUGGUGUCACUGACCUGCUGGUUGUCCAUGAGCAUCGAGGCACACCUGUGGGGCUCAUUGUCAGCCACCUGCCCUUCGGCCCCACUGCUUACUUCACACUGUGCAAUGUGGUCAUGCGCCAUGACAUUCCUGACCUGGGCACCGUGUCCGAGGCCAAGCCUCACCUCAUCAUGCAUGGCUUCUCCUCCCGACUAGGCAAGCGGGUCUCUGACAUACUCCGUUACCUGUUCCCCGUGCCCAAGGAUGACAGCCACCGUGUCAUCACCUUCGCAAACCAAGAUGACUACAUCUCCUUCCGGCACCACGUAUAUAGGAAGACUAACCACCGCAGUGUGGAGCUGAUAGAGGUUGGACCUCGCUUUGAUCUGAAGUUGUACAUGAUCCGCCUGGGCACGCUGGAACAGGAGGCCACAGCAGAUGUGGAGUGGCGCUGGCACCCAUACACCAACACCGCACGCAAGAGGGUCUUUCUGAGUGCUGAGUGAACCCACUUGCUGGUCAGGACGUGGACCUGGACCCAGGACUCGGGGAGGGGUCAGAAUAAAGUCUGUAUGCCACAC